GGGUGGAAGUAAACAGAAAAAUAGUAUUUAAGAUGCUCUGAGACAAACUUCCAAAGUGCACAGACUCUGACAGGAGGGGUCUGAAAAAAGGCUGCUUCUUCAGGCUCCACCUUCAGAGACUCACUUCAUUGGAAGAAAGCUAGGUACCAGCCUGCUGUGGCACUUGCUGAAACUUUCAUACCUACCCCAGCUGCAUUCAGACGACUUGCAGUCAGCUGGAAGUUUUCUGUUACUGUAAGCAAAAAUGCCAGGAAGAUCGACUGCUCAGCUGGCGUGGCUCUGCAUUAUCACCGUGUCUGUGGCGAUCUAUCCAGCACUGCUGCAAAAGCCUCCCAAAAGGAGGACGAUCAAUGGGAAUGCACAGUCCAAGAUGACAGGCUGCUGUGAUGAGAUUAAAGAGCUCAAGUUGCAAGUAGCCAACCUGAGCAGAAUGCUGCAGGAGCUGAGCAAGAAGCAGGAAGGUGACUGGGUGAAUGUGGUCAUGCAAGUGAUGGAGCUGGAAGGAAGCACCAAGCAGAUGGAGUCCCGCCUCGUUGAUGCUGAGAGCAAAUACUCUGAAAUGAACAACCAGAUAGAUAUCAUGCAACUCCAGGCAGCUCAGACGGUCACACAAACUUCAGCUGUAGAUGCUGUCUAUGACUGCUCGUCACUUUAUCAGAGGAACUACCGAAUCUCUGGGGUUUACAAGCUACCUCCUGAUGAAUUUCUGGGGAGUCCGGAGCUGGAGGUGUUUUGUGACAUGGAGACAGAUGGAGGUGGCUGGACUAUUAUCCAAAGACGUAAAGUCGGUUUGACAUCUUUCAAUAGGGACUGGAAACAAUACAAGGAAGGAUUUGGCAAUAUUCGGGGAGAUUUUUGGCUGGGAAAUGAAAACAUCUACCGACUUUCAAGACGGCCCACUGUUUUGCGAGUGGAGUUGGAGGACUGGGAAGGUAACAUACGCUACGCGCAAUACAAGCAAUUCACCCUGAGCAAUGAAUUAAACAGCUAUCGUCUUUUUGUGGGGAACUACACCGGCAACACAGGGCGUGACUCCCUCAGGUACCACAACAACACAGCCUUCAGCACAAAGGACAAGGAUAACGACAAGUGCGUGGAUGACUGUGCCCAGUUCCGUAAAGGUGGAUAUUGGUACAACUGCUGCACGGAUUCCAAUCUGAAUGGGGUUUAUUACCGCAAAGGAGAACACACCAAAAACAUGGAUGGUAUCACCUGGUACGGGUGGCAUGGAUCAACCUAUUCCCUAAAAAGGGUUGAGAUGAAGAUCCGACCAGAAGAUUUCAAGCCAUAAAGGAAAGCAAUAUUUGAUCAUACAGCUACGUGAUGCCACUACAGAGAAGGUGGGCAACUGACAACACAAAACCCACCAUUUAAUUGUCCACUUUAUCUGUGCAACAACUACAAACCAUGUACACACACAGUCACUAAGGAACACUAAACACCAGACACAGCCACUAGUGUUAUCAGGGCUCAAACUUAUCUUAUCCUCUUAAGACCCUCCAAAGGGAUAAAUACUGUGUUAUAAUAAUUUAGAACAAAAUGUAAAAUACCUCCCGCACUUACAGCACCUUCAGAAAGCUUACUGGUGUUUUCACUAGUGCUGCAACUAUCAGGUUGCAUUAACCAGCUAGGCAGGGACUGCAAAAAGAAAGUCUCCCUGUUCCCAUUCCAUCAGUGUCUAGAAUAAACAUUGCUGAUUAACUCCUUUCAAGAGGGACUGAAAUCACAAAAAUGACAGUGGUUUCUAGAGAGAGGAAUCACCAAUGAGAAUUGUCCUCGACGCGCCUUUCUUUAGCAUAUGGUAAUUGGCUUACAUUCCCACAGAGGAAAAAAAUUAAGCUAAAAAUUCUGGAUAAACUAAUAUUGCACAGGUUCUCUCCUGACGUUUUACUGCCAUCUCCUGCUACUGUUUCAAAUAAGUCCUCACAGAGGGCUGCAUUCAGCAGAUAGUACAAUGGAGGAAGGACUUGUCUCUGCAAUACUUAUUCCUGUUCAGACAUCACCUAAAGCCUGAUAACUAAAACGCAACUUCCUGGGCUGCCACCAAAUUACGUUCAUGUUAGAACAUAGGUGUGCUAUAUGUUGGUAAGAAAAAUGGAGAACAGCAAGUUAGCCAAGAAAAUCCCAAACCCAACCAACAAACUCAACUCCAACACUUAAAACCACUGUAUCCAAAAAGCAAAACACUACUACACGCCAGAAGUUAUUAAAUCAUAUGCCAGCAUACCAGACUGAGAAAUAAUAAAAUUUGUUCUGAAGAUUCCCCAAUUAAAAGUUAAGAGAUUUCACGCUGUAAAUCAGUACGUUGUUUCUCCCUUAUAUAACACAGUGCUGCAAAUAACAUUUAAAAAACAAAGACUCCUCCCAUAGCUAUACUGUUGAUUGAAUACGUUGGAAAAGAUAAUUAUAGUUAAUAUUUGUACUCACCUUACAGAGGACUUGAGUCUAAUUUAAAUUGUUCAGUCUUGUGUGAAAUGGGAGAUAGCGUCUCGGGAACUGCUUUAUGUACGUUUGACUAUUAAUACUGUAAAUUUCAACUGCAUGGAACUAUAAUCGGAACUACUUUAAC